AAAAAAGGUGUGUAUAAAUAAGACUUCUCCAGUUCCCACCUCAUCUCCUGGGUUGUUCCUUCGAUCUCUGCUUCUCGUGAUUUUGCGCUGCGCCUCUCUUCUUCCUCUGCUCUGCUUCUCAACGCCAACCGUUCGUUUCUCCUCUCUCCUCUCUCCUCUCUCAUCUCUCAUCCAUUUUUUGUUGUUUCUCUUUCUAUUCUAGAUCCUCUCUCCUUCCCAUUUCUUGCUCUGCAUUUUCCCCCCUUCUCUCCGUCUUCCUUCUCGUCCGAUUUCUCAAGCAGGGGAACGAACAACCAUGAGGUUGAAGGAGGAUUUGCCAAAUUACGCCAACGAAGGGGGGGCUGAAAUGGACCAAUCCAGGUUUCCCCACCACAGGAACCUCGUUGUUGUUGGCUAUGCUCUCACCUCCAAGAAGACCAAGAGCUUCAUGAAACCCAAGCUCGAAAGAUUAGCUAGGAAUAAGGGGAUUCUAUUUGUUGCAAUUGAUCAGAACAGACCUCUGUCGGAUCAGGGGCCGUUUGACAUCGUCCUUCACAAGUUGUCUGGAAAAGAGUGGCGUCAGAUUCUCGAGGAAUAUAGGCAAGCACAUCCAGAAGUGACUGUUUUAGAUCCUCCGGAUGCGAUACAGCAUUUACACAAUCGCCAGUCUAUGCUUCAGGCAGUUGCUGACAUGGAAUUAUCUGACUCCUAUGGCAGAGUAGAUGUUCCUAAACAAUUAGUCAUAAUGAAAGAUGCAUCUUCCAUUUCUGAUGCAGUGGUGAAUGACGGGCUAAAACUUCCUCUUGUUGCAAAACCAUUGGUUGCUGAUGGAAGUGAAAAGUCCCAUGAAUUAUCUUUAGCUUAUGACAAUUACUCCCUCAAAAAGCUCGAGCCUCCUCUUGUCCUCCAGGAAUUUGUCAACCAUGGAGGUGUCAUGUUUAAGGUUUUCAUCGUUGGUGAAGCUAUAAAGGUGGUCAGACGUUUUUCUUUACCAAAUGUCAGCAUGUGGGAGGUCUUGAAAAAUGCUGGUAUUUAUCGUUUUCCAAGAGUUUCUCAUGCUGCGGCAUCUGCUGAAGAUGCCGAUCUGGAUCCUUGUAUUGCUGAACUUCCUCCACGACCUCUGUUAGAGAGACUAGCAAAGGAACUCAGGCGUAGACUGGGGCUUCGUUUAUUCAACCUGGAUAUCAUUCGAGAGUAUGGGACUAGAGAUCAGUUCUAUGUCAUCGAUAUCAACUACUUCCCUGGGUAUGGGAAAAUGCCGGAAUAUGAGCACAUAUUCACAGACUUCCUGUUGGGCCUGGUGCAGAGCAAGUACAAGAAGAGAACAUCUUACUAGACAAUUCUUUGAUCCUCAAACGGUCACGGUCAGUACUCUCCAGAAAAUAUCAAACCUCUCGAAUAAGCGCACAAGGGCAAGGCUUCCAAGCAGGUGCUUUACUUCUGGCAACUCAUACAAUCUUACUUGGCCAAGGGCGGCGGGGGAGAAGCCAAGUAUAGGUGCGGUUUCGUAUGAAAUUGACUACCUGAUUCUGUUCUUUGGUUUCUAGCCAUUAUCUAAUGUUAUUCUCGAUCACAAAGUUGACGAGUUUGCGGUUGGAAGGUGUAAAUAUGCCUUUUUAACUUUGCAUCAAUUAGCCCAAAAUCUGAACUAAUUUUCUCUCCAUCCCCUGCUGCUUCUGUUGGGAGUUACUAGAAUGACUGUAAAUAUUUCCAAGGUAGAAAAGGGAAGUGUUAAAGGGUUGAAUGUAAAUUUUGUUUUAGAGGAAUUAAUUAACGUUAUAACAGCUUUCUUCCUUCAAGGGUUAUCGAAAUAUUUCAAAUAGAA